AUGUAAAAAACAUUAUUAGUGGCAGGAUUGACACUCCUUUUAAGCACUAUAGGCUAUAUUCAAAAUCAAUAACCAGUCGACGAAGUUUCAAUGGUCUUUAAACAAUUUAAAAUUUCAUAUUCUAAAUCCUAUGCAUAUGUUGAGGAAGCAUACAGAAGAGCUAUCUUUGAAUAGAACUUUGCAAAAAUUUUAGCUCACAAUGCCGACCCAACAUAGACAUACACAGUUGGAGUUAAUUAAUUUACUGAUUUGACUUAAGAUGAAUUCGCUUCCAUCUAUUUGACCUAUACUCCACCUGAGGGAUGGUAACCAUCAGAUGAAGAAGUAGUUCAAGAAGGUGUUCAACCAAAUGACUCAGUCGAUUGGAGAUCUUAAGUUCGUGUAAAGGACCAAGGUACCUGUGGUUCUUGUUGGGCCUUUUCUGCAAUUGGUGCAGUAGAGGCAUUCUUGAAAGUCACAAAAGGAGAAAAUCACAAUUUAUCCGAAUAAUAAUUGGUUGAUUGUGAUAAAGCAAGCAGUGGAUGCAAUGGAGGUUACCCUGAUAAAGCUCUCAAGUAUAUUUAAGCUAAUGGUUCAACAACCGAAUCAAGUUAUCCCUAUGCUGCUAAAAAUUAAGCUUGUAAAACAGCAACAGGAACAACCAAAAUCUCAGGUGUUUAAAAUAUUGCAAAAACAGGCCUAUAAGCAGCAAUUAAAUAAUAUCCAAUUUCAGUCUGUGUUGAUGCCUCAAAUUGGAGCGGUUAUAAAUAAGGAAUCUUCAGUAAUUGCAACAAGAAUAUCAAUCAUGCAGUUAUGGCUGUAGGUUAUGAUGCUUCAGGUAAUUGGAUUAUCAAGAACUCAUGGGCAACUAGUUGGGGACAAAAUGGUUUUAUGUUCUUGUAAGCAGGAGAUACUUGUGGUGUUACUUAAUUGGCUGUUAGAGCUAUUUGAG